UGUGUCUGCUGUGAGUCUGGAUUAGAUCGUGUGUUGAAGAAAGUCGUUGCAAUCUUUUCUGAGUUUUGAACCAUCUGAAGCUCUAUUGAAAGGAUACUCGGCCUUGAAGUAAAGACAGAAUAUCAUGGCGUCUUGCCAUUCUGGAAAUUCAGCCGUAGGGUGAGUAGAUGGUGAAUUUCCCUUGUUGGGAAAUCGGGUAGGGUGGCGUGAAAGUUUACAAUACCAACCAAGUGCCUGCCUGCCUGUGUGUGCUGAACCAAACGUGCGUGUUUGAUACGUGCGUACGUGAAAUUCACGUAUUUUGUGGGGUUGAGAGAGUAAGGAUCAUGGCAAAUACUGAAGGAAAAUCCUCCAGCACACAUCAAGAGAUGAAGGAGGAGACUUCAAAUUCACUGGUCCCCCCUUCUGCACCCAAUAAAUGUGAUCCUUCAGAGGAGGAAUUGGAGCUGCAAUUUCUAAACGCCCAAAUUCAUGAAUCGGGGAGUAGUAAGAUUCUGGCAAACGCCAACAAGAAGAAAAGUUUCUUCCAAAUCACCAGCGUGACGGAGAACGUUAACGAUGAGAACGAUAGCAUGGACGAGCUCGAUGAAAGUCGAGCAGACGACUUGUCAUCGGCCGAUCUGUCAAACAUGUCCAAAAUGAGUUUACAAACGGACGUUGAACAUUCUGACGCAGACGACCCGGCGAUCACCGUUGGGGUGUGCCUGAACCCAAAUUAUGCUGCAACAAACCCUAACUCGGAGGCAAACGGGAACGGCCCCUCGAGGUUUAAACUGGUAAAAGUCGCCCGAAUAGAACCCAUCAAACGAGGACGAUGGACAUGUAAAGAUUUUUUGACUGAACCUCAGCCUGUUGGGGAAUGCUCAGCACCAAAAGCUGAACAAAUGAAAGACAAUGUUUCCGGCAGCUCAAGCGCCGCAAGUUCUGUGCACUUUGUACCCGGGGAGAACCCCUCCACAGAUAACCCGCUUGGGGACUUAAGCUCCGCCGCUCAGCAACCAGUGCCACCGUCCAGUGAAAAGGCAAAGGACGGAAAAAGAAUGAAGCGAGAACCCAUUGCAUCAUUGACAAGGGACAGGACCGGUAGCAAAGGUACAUUUAGUAAAGAUCAUCUCAGGAAAGAGUCCAGUGAUCUGCCAUCUCUCAAAGACUCGUUAAACGUUGAUACUGACAACCAGUCGGAAAGUGAUGAUAGUACGUCGGCUACUGGUGGAGCGAUCGAUAACAAGAUAGAGCAAGCAAUGGACCUGGUGAAGAGUCAUUUGCUUUUUGCCGUGAGGGAAGAGGUGGAGGUCUUGAAGGAGCAGAUCAACGAGCUCUUAGACAAGAAUGAGCAGCUUCAACGAGAGAACAGCCUCCUACGACAGACCCAGACCCAGGGUCUACCUCACCACCCGUACAGCCAGUCCGAGACCCCUCAAGCAAACAGGCUCGUCAACACGACGGCAAACACCCAAGACCAAGGAGGUUUCCCAAGUAUGGCCGGGGGAGGAGCACCUCGAACGGACGGCGGCGGCUUCACGCAGCAGUCACAAGCACCACCGCCCUCGGACCAGUUCGCCGGGAUGCAGGCUGCUGGCGGACCAACGCACGCACAACAGGCAUCGAGCCAACAGCAGGCUUUACCACAGCAGCAAGCGAGCCAGUACGGUCACAUCCAAACGCAACAGACGCCGCAGCAUUCGAUACCACAGCAGACCACGACACAACAUGCCCAGCCGCCAUCACAGACAUGACAACAAUAAGUGAUGAAUCCACCUUUUAAGUUCACCUUUUGUUUGAGACGCCGGAAUAAAAAACCCAACCCAAAAUACUGCAAGCCGUUUUUUAAGUUUAUCUUUUUCCCUGAAAAUUGUGCAGUACAGCGUGACUUUCGUUUACAAGUUUCUUAGCUUUGAAAGCAAGCGGACUGAUUACUGCCUGUUGCCAGCAUGAUGUUAUGAACUGAAGAAGGGAAAGAAGAAAUGGCGGACAGAAAAAAAAAGGACAUGGCAAUUUAUUGCGUGGAUUGUUGCUGAACGGAAGAGCUUCAAUUGUUUGAAAAUUCUUCGGAAAAAGAGCAUCAAAGUUCUUUAUAAACUGUUGUUUAAAAGUUAUGUUGUAUAUUAUGAAAAAAUAAGUGCCAGUGAAUCUACCAAUUUGUUGCAUUGUGGGAUGUGUUGAUGCCCUUCAAGUCCAUUCCAAUUUAUUCUUGUGAAGGAGGCCCUCGUGCUGUGAAAAACAGCAGUCACAGCUGAAAGGGUGCUUUAUUAUUAUUAGUUUUACUCAAUUGUUGAAAUGACCAGCUUUCUUGAUCAUGUUUAUGCUGUUUCUCUCACUCUGCUACAUGUGGGCCCAAUUUCACAGAGCUGCUUAAGCACGAAAAUAAGCUAAGCAAAACAAAAUUAUCCGUACCAGAAUACCUGCCAAAAUACCUUAAAUGUACAAUUUGUGACUGGUAUCCUGCUCAUUAUUACUACUAAGCAGAUUUUUUUUGCAGGAUUGUCUGCUUAAGCAGCUCUAUGAAACUGGGCCCCUGUGGUCAUUUUUGUGUCACUCCUUCCCAGUCAUUGCUUAUUUAAAAACGAAAAAGAAAGGUUGGUUUAUUUAAGCUGCAAAGAAACGCUUCUUCAUUGCAGCUUAAAUAACUGAUUCUGAGGUCAAAACAUCACAGACCAAGGGUCAAUUUCAUAGAGUUACUUAGCACAGGAGAACUAUUGCUUAGUGCUUAGCUUGAUAAAACGCUUUUAACGGUUGGUUUCCUACAAGUCUGAGCCGCACGAUUAAUUUCAUAAAUAAUUUGUAUAUCUAUGAAAUUGCACCUGUGGCAAUGCUGUGGGCGUAUCCAUCGCUGUUAUUACCAGUCCUGUACGCCUUAUGCACAUGACGUCAUUGAAGUAGGGCGCCCUCUGGUGUUCAUUUGCCAUCCAGUUCGGGGUGCCUACUUAUCUUCAUUGCUUCAUCAUUGUUUUACCUCCAAGAUGACAGCAUGUUGAUCUCAUUGCACAUACAGUCUAUUGCCCGUACAACCUUAAGGCAAAGUUCCUACUAAUGAUCGUCCUUCACCGUAAAAAAAAAAGAAGAAGUAAUGUCUCAAAUCACAAAGUCCAAGUCCUGUACUGCCACUUAAAUGUUAAUGCAUGUACUCCACGGGCCAGCAGAGGGCAGUAUUUAUCAUCGUUCACAGAACACAGAAUAGACAUAGCCCAAAACCAUAUAUGCAUGGACACAAUGUAAAGAUAUAAAGAUGGCUGGAAAUGUCCGUCGUCUUUUGUAAAUGAUAAUUACUAAAACCUCAAGUGCAACUUACUGUAAUUGUUUGUCAUAUUGAUGACGGCAAACUAACUGACGAGACGUUUGCCGUUGAGAGAAGAUGUUAUAAUUGAAUUACUUUGUUGCAAGAAAUGCUCAAGUCAAUGACAACUCAAGGUUUCUUGGGAUCUUUGCCAAUCACUUGAACAUAACUGGCAGGGGCAAUGCCAUGGAGCAGUGUACAAACACCCCCCCCCCCCAUCAUAGCUGAAGCCAGGGGUGCAUUUUGGCGGUCGAUCGUAACCAAUUGUGAAUUCAACCCAAAUUGAUGUUUUUUACGACCGGCAAGACGCACCCCAGGUGUUUGUACAUUGCUCUAUCUAAAAGGUCCAUGACUGCAGUCCUGUGUUCAAUGUCGUUAAGCCUGUAAGUGCAAAACUUGCUUAGCACGUAUGUACAAUAUAUUUUUGCUUAGCAAAGAAAUUUUCGCUAAACAGUAUUUUCUGCAUUAUGAAACUAGGCCUUGGGAUUGACUUCACCAUCGCUAAGGUUUAUUAGUAAAGUUGGAAAAAUCAAUCGUCAAACUUUACUCAUUUCAGUUUUGUCCAAUCUUUUUUUGGAGUUGUUUCAAAAAAGAAAAAAAAACUUAAGGAAAUUACCAAAGCAUUUGCGUGAACUCAUUUUGUGUAAAUGAAUCUUAGCGUUUGAUGAAAUGUAGUUCUGGUGGGUGACCAGCCAAAAUGUUAUCUGAUGUAUAUGUUGCACACUUUAAUUUAACUGGUCCCCUCAAUUUUUGUUUCUGCUGUUUGAUUCCCUGUCUACAAAUACGAUUGUAAUGCUUAUUUUUGUAAUGCAGAAAAGGCGCCAGGCAGUUGCUGAUUUGCUAUUGACUUGUUGGUAUAACAGUUUCCUUCUUGUUUAUGAUUGUUUUAUGGCAUGCAAUUCGCCAUACUGUUUAAUAUGGUAUCAGUACAAAAAUAAAUUUUGUUUUUUUCUAACACACUA